CGUGCACGUCGCAGCGAGCCGGGUGACGUGGCUGGCCAGGGCGCAGGCCAGGGCGCAGGCACAGCCUCCAGCAUGGGCAGGGCCUUGUUGUUGUGCGUGCUGCUGCUGGGGCUGGACCCGCUGCCGCACACCAGCCCCGCCAGGCCGUCCCACGUGCUCGGCCAGCAGGACGGCGACGCACCGCCCGCCUCGGACUCGGCCAUCGUGGUGUGCGACGCCAUCAACUGCGAGAUGGACUGCCGCAAGCGCGUCAAGGACUGCGGCGCGUACGGCUGCGCCGGGGUGUGCAUCGGCUACGCGUGCCACUGCUUCACCAAGCCCAAGCCACCGCCCGGCGGCUGGAAGGAGUACAGUCCUUCAGGGGAGGCGGACGACCCGCUAGCGCAGGACCCAGCGCUGCUGCAACAACAACAAGAACAGAUGCAGCAACAACAGCAGCAGCAAGAGAGGCAGGCACACAUGCAGAUGCAGAUGCAGCCACAACAGCACCCGAUGCAAAUGAUGCAGAUGCAGCCACUGUAGGGGCAUCAAAAGACAGUGCCGAAGUGAGCCGGUGUGCGUGUGUCGGCGUGUCCGUGUGCGUGCCUCGCGCGGCUGUGUGCGUGUGUGCGUGCGAGUGUGUGUGCGAGAUAAGCAAGACAGUGCGGCAAGAAACGGCAACAAUCAUCGCCCGUUGUACAGUGUCAUUACCAGCCACUAUUAUCCGCACCAUUACAAGGCAAACUUUUUUGA